GGAACCAAUGGACAGCCUAUUCAUGGACCAGCACUUCCUGAGAAGCUCCUUACGGCUCUACUCAGCUACAGGCUCAGACCCCUUGGACGCCGAGAACAACAACGCUUCCUCUUUCUUCUCAGCAGCCAUGGUAGAGAAAGCUCGAGCCCAACUCCAGAUGUGGGGCCGAGCAGGAGCUGCGUACAAUCCUGCUGAACUCCAUGCUUUCUUGUUAAACUCCGGCCAUCAAGUCUACCGGAGCACAGUCCCCUUGGUCACUCCGAGCCAGCUAUGGCCACAAGGUGCUACCUCGUGGCAUCCUGGGCUCAUGAGGCCUCAAAUUACUCCUCCGCCCUCAUCGACCCCAAGCUCUUCUGGAUCUCCUUCACCAACGAGUAUCAGUACUUCCGCGGAGUUGCGGCUACCUAAGGCUAUGUUUCCGACUGCGUUGCACCAUAGGUUCAGUCCUUACGCAUCUAUUUCAAGGCCAUCUGGACCUUCGAUUAGCCCACCUUCAAGAUCGAGUCAUUGAUAAAGUUCAAUGACAUGCGGUGAGUUUGUUUGACGUCAAAGAUCAGAAGCGGGAUGGUUGUAAUGUUUGACCUUGAGAACGCUUUCAAGCCUUUUUACUGGGCACUGGAGCGUCAAUAUCUCACUCCUAUACGAAUAAAAAUACAAUUGACAAUCUGGCAAACAUUGACUUUAAUGACAGUAUGCUGGUAGUCAUAACCUACAAAUGCUUACAUUUGGCAAGUGUCGAUACGUUUGAGAUUUUACAUAACCUCACUUCCAUUUGCCGGGUUGCAGUUUGUUUUCAUCUCUAGGAAUAGAAGUGAUAUUCUAACAAUAUCUAAAGGUUGAAUGAAAUGCAUUUAUUAUGUUUUUAUAUUUUUCUAUGACGCCAAACAGAUCUGACCUGCCCAUAAUUAAUCUAACCAAAGAAUAUGUCUACUAGACGUUAAAAGUGAAGGUACGUAAAUGUAUUAUGGAAAAAUGUAUAUACAGAAUAGUCG